ACUGUUGCUUGGAAAUACAAGCGAUGCUGCUUAAGUUUGUUGAAGUUUCAGUUAUGGAUUAUCGUCAAGUCAUACUUCCCCUUGCAGGAUCAUUUCGAUGGAGAGAUAUUAAAAGAGAUAUUGCUCAUGCUGUGAAUGACCCUGGAAAGACAAUUGGUGAUGCAAAGAUUGAUGCUGUUUUCAGCUCAAUUUACUCCCAAGCAAAGCAUAUGGACCAUCAAAACGGUGACAACAGACAGAUAAGGAACCUGGAGACAUUAAACAAAGAGGAAGAGAUGCUCAAGGCUGACACAUGUGAAGAUGAGAUGAACGAAACUGCAGGAUUGGCAGAUGCGGCGCUAUCAGAUAAAAGAGUUUUGAGCUGGAUUGGCUGCAGCAAAAGCCAGGAUACUAACUCUGAAGUGAUGGAUGGCGAGGAACGUAUAUCAUAUGAAUGAGUCCUUGAUCCACUUAUGUUUGGAGGGUCACAAGUUUAUAAUACAUGCACCUGGAGUGUUAAUGGUCCAGGGAACUUGAUUUGUGAAAGCUACAAACAAUGCAUGGGCAAUAUGUUGAUGUGGAAUUUCCUAAAAGGAAAACAGCUUGACGUAAGCAAAUUAUUGGGUGAAGAUUGUUUCCUGUCCACAACAGCAGUUGAGGGAACCUUUUAUCUCACCAUGGAGUACUAUGAUGCUGAGGAUGACGAAAACUACAGGGUGACAGUGCCCAUUGAUGGCAGGGAGGGUUGGACCUAUGGUAUCAUAAAUGAUCAUGGUCGAUUUGAGUACCAUCAUGCUUAUAUGCGAUACAUGACAGAAGAAAAUGAGAUGAUGUUGGAUUUCCCUGGAAACUAUGCGAACUUGGCACCAGAUGGUCACACCAAGAUGCAACUUGGCGUACGUUCCAUUCAGUGGGCUAUCAAAGUUGCCGCAAAGCAUACAGCAGAAAUGCCUACCACACUGGAAUUUCAAACAGCGUGUGGGAUAAUUGUCAAUUAUGCCUGUGAAGGGUAUAAGCAGAAUCCAUCAAUGAAAUUGAAUUGUGAUUCACUCAUAUCAGAGGGCAAUACCUACAUGGAUUGGUUGGUAUCGAAAAAGAAUAAGAGGUGGAUGAAGUUCAGUGAAGGCAGUCUUCACUGCUUCUUGAUGAGGCUCAGAUAUCCUGCUGACUUAUGUGAGGCGAAAUUUCCUCCAACAGAGGAUGUUGUAACUGCUGAGGAUGCUAUGAGAUGCCUCUUGAUUUAUCCUUAUAACGACAUCCCAAGGCCACAGUGGGAGACGCGCACAAGAACUUGGAAGUGUUUCCCACUGGAUAGAGGCGCGGAAGAAGCCGGUGGCCAACCACAUCACCUGAGCAGCAUCUUCGGAGAAAGAUGGCAGUAUAAUAAGCAGCUGCUACGUGAUAUUCCGAGCCAGAACUUCAUUGAUGUGGAUGCCGCUGUUCAAAAUAUCCAGGGAUUCAAAAUAAGGAGGGCCUCACCGACACCAAGUAGACCAUUCUCAGCAACUACAAUGAAGAAAUGUCUUCAUCGUCUUCCGUCAGUUAUCAACAAACUGAGAUGAAGUCGUCUUCCAGCUUGGGUGGGGGUGAAGAUCACCAGAGGAACCGAUGACAAGCUCUGGAGCAAGACACAGUGGGGAACUGGCUUAACAGAGAAGCCAGUUUCCAUCUUGGAGGCGGCAAAGGUGCUCUCCCCUGGUGUGGCAUAUGAUGCUUAGUUUCAUAGAAAAUUGCUUAAAGUGUAAUAUGUCAAAGUAAUUGUAAUAAAAAUUUAGCAGCGCAGUGCUGGAACUUCUUUUGCUUUUUGCUCUUUUAUUAGUAUAUGUUCUGUAGCUUUGGUUGGGUGGUCUAUCCCAGCUGCAAAAUGUAAUAAGGUGACUUGUGGACCUGUUUGUUCAGGCUUCUUUCUAUGAAAUGGAGCUGG